AUGAGUGAACUUCCAAAGAAGAAAAGACUAAGGUUUCGAGAUGAAGAUGAUUUAGCUCUUCUGAGGGAAGUCGUUGGACUCAACCCAUUUGAAAAUCCUCAAUUAUGGGUGGUUAUACAGGAGCAUAUUUUCUCUGCUACAGGAAAAAAAUUCCUAAUUAAAACUUUAAAAGACCAUCUGGAUCUGCUGAUACAAAUUUGGCUGGAAAAGGCAAAGAUAUUUAAAGAUAGAUCUGGAAUAGAAGAAGAACACACAGAAAAAGACAGCCUCUGUCAAAAUAUUCAUUGCCUUAUGAUCGAGUUUAGAAGGAAAAAGUCAGAAAAGCAAAAGAAAAAUAAAGGUAUAGAAAAACGUGACUUUUGGGCCAAUCAGAGCUACAUACAUUUCAAUAAGGAGAAUAAUAGUUCUAAUUAUCUUGAGGUAGAAGAUAUGUGCAUUGAAGUGGAAAACAUUCCACAAGUAGAGGAAGAAGAGACCACUGGCAGUGUCUUACCUGACCAUAUGUAUGCAAGUAUAGAUCAAGCUAAUGAUAACAAUAUAUUAUCAAAAAAUCUUCUUACACCAACUACAAGUGGUAUUUCAAAAAAGGUGAAGAGUGAAUCAUACACUCGUGGAAAGAACAAUAUUAUUCAAAGAAACAAGAAUGGAGUAAGACGAACUAGCAUGCAAAAGCAAGGAUUGGCCUACCAACAGAAUUUUGAUGAACAUCAAAAUGAAAUAAAGAAAAAAGAAUUCCAACUGGAAGAAAGAAGACAAACUAUUGGAAGAAAACAAACUACUAUUGGAGAAUAG